GAGGGAAGCAGCUCCGUGGCCGUCCGAUCCCCGGCCUUCACGUCAGGGGCCCAUGCACUGCCCGCGGAGAGGAUGAUGAUGAUGACCAUGAACAGCAAGCAGCACUUCUCCAUGCACCCGGCCCUGCACGAGCCCAAGUUCCCCGGCCUGCACUCGGGCCCGGAGGGCAUGCGCAGAGUGUGCGUGCCCGCCCCGCAGCUGCAGGGCAAUAUAUUCGGAGGCUUUGAUGAGAGCCUGCUGGCGCGGGCGGAGGCUCUGGCGGCUGCUGACAACCUCGCCUCUCACGGCAAGAGCCACCCGUUCAAGCCCGACGUGACUUACCAUACCAUGAGCAGUGUCCCCUGCACCCCAGCACCCUCCUCCUCCUCCAGCAGCGGCGGCGGCGGCAGCAGCAGCAGCAGCGGGCCCCUGGCCCCCCAUCACCACCACCACCACCACCAGCACCACCAGCACCAGCUGGGGCCGAGCCUGGAGGCCGGGGAGCUGCUGGAGCAGCUCUCCUCCAGCCUGGUGCCCGGCAUGGGCCCCCCGGAGCCCGGCAUGGCGCACCACCACCCCCACCACCACCAGCACCCCCACCACCACCUGCAGACCAUGGGCCAGCUGCACCAGGCCAUGGCCAGCAUGGGCCACCCGCACUCCCUGUCCGUGCACGGCGGCAUGGCGUGCGUCAGCGACGUGGAGUCGGAUCCCCGGGAGCUGGAAGCGUUCGCAGAGAGAUUCAAGCAGCGCAGGAUCAAGCUGGGGGUGACGCAGGCCGACGUGGGCUCCGCGCUGGCCAACCUCAAGAUCCCCGGCGUGGGCUCGCUGAGCCAGAGCACCAUCUGCAGGUUCGAGUCCCUCACGCUGUCCCACAACAACAUGAUCGCGCUGAAGCCGGUGCUGCAGGCGUGGCUGGAGGAGGCGGAGGCCGCGCACCGGGAGCGCAGCAGCAAGCCCGACCUGCUCAGCGCAGAGAGGAAGCGCAAGCGCACGUCCAUCGCCGCGCCGGAGAAGCGCUCCCUGGAGGCGUACUUCGCCAUCCAGCCCCGGCCCUCCUCCGAGAAGAUCGCCGCCAUCGCGGAGAAACUGGACCUGAAAAAGAACGUGGUGCGAGUGUGGUUUUGCAACCAGCGACAGAAACAGAAACGGAUGAAAUACUCCGCGGUGCACUGACUGACUCUCCCCGCGCAUCAUGAAUAAAAUAGCCUACUACAUUUUUGAUCGAGUGAUUAAUAAUAUCCCGAGUAGAUCAACUUACGGGGAUUUAUCAGCAACUCUUCACGUCUCUGGGAUCGGAUCCAAAAUAGCCGACUUUUUCUUUUUCUUGUCAGUCACUCAUUGUUGCACUUUUUACCAUUUUUUGUUGUUGAAUUCUUCACGUGUAGAUCUGUGAGCACGGGGGACUCUGAUGUUGAUAAUGUAGUUAUCUUGCACACUGAGAAUGAAUUUCAUCCUAACAGUCACAUUCAGGGAUAUUUUUCCAACUGUAAAUUGUAGUUUGGAGUUCAUCUAAAUCUCUAUAAUAAUAUAUGAAGAAGAAAAAAAAAACAGAAAAAGAAAAAAAGUAUUUUCUGAUUUGGAUAUGAUUAUGUGCAAAAAAAAUACACCUUUAUAUCUUGAUAUGUUUUCACUUUUUUAUCCUUAAGCGUUUCAGAGAAACGUGAGCUCAAGGAUAAAAUGUCUUUUUUAAGAAAACCACUUUAAGCACUAUUUCUGAGAAUGAAUCCGCUCUCUUUGUGAACUAUGUGCUCGUGAUUUAACGCACAAAGAAUGGAUAAUUCCAGUAAGUUGUUUUUUUUUCCCACAAGCUGUGACACCGAGUCUGUUGAUCUUGAAUUAUUUAGAAAUGGAAAUGACACUGUCAGUUCUGGGGCACUUCCGUUUGGCUGCUGCUAUAUUUGAAUAUUUUGAUGUGUACAUGUUUUUGGAGACCUGCAGGUGUAGACUAUUACAGGUAUCACCUAAUCUGAGUAUUUAUUUAUUAGGAAGGGAUCCUCACCCUUGAUUUCACUUGAUUAAAAAAAAGUGUGUAGUGUUUAAAAUGGAAUAAAUUAUCGGUUAUUUUCUAAAAUUCCUCUGGAGCGAUUUUGUUUUUGUAUUUUAGAAAAAUGGUGCAGGGCCUGCCGUGCACGCGUGCGUCCUGGCUGCAGAGCUGCAGGGAGGACCAGACAUUUAUCACCACAUGUUGGGGCGCAGGGGGGGAAAUAAGAAGAAAAAAGGAAAAAAAACUUUGUAAACAGGUUGUUUUCUGGGCUGUAUUAUUGAUGGAUCCCCUGAUCUCUGCUGCUAUCAAAUAUGCAUUGUUGUGUAUGAUCCAAGCGAGGGAAGGGAAAGGGCGCGCCUCCGUUUCACGGUGGGUUUUCACACCGCGGAGCGAGGAAUGCGUGUCCCGGACACGCUUCUAAUGGCUCCUUUCCCUCUGAUUAGUGCAGGUUCAAUUAUGGAUGCUUUCGUGUUGCUGCUUCUGUCGUGCGUGGGAUUUGGGAUGAUUAAGUAAUGAGGAUGUAAUAUUAAUUCUAACGCCUAUUGGUAUAAAACUGGA